CGUAUACAAUCGCAUGAUUAUUUUAACUUAUCAUGUAAAAAACAAACCAAAAACUUUUACAUGACGCUUUAGAAUCAUGGUAUUUUUUUUCUUCCCAGACAACCCCUUUCCAGACUCAAAGUGGUACCGCCUCAAAUGCAGGCACCAAGUUGUUACGAACUGAAAAGUUUAUCAGUUACAACAAGUUUGUUUCUGAGUUGGUCAAUGAGAAUUUCUCAUUCGAAGGAGGGAAAACAAAAAAAAGCGCAACGUUAUUGGAUUUAAAAUUCAGACUGCUUCGAUAUUACCUCGUGGAGUAUGCAGCACUGAAGACUGAACUUGGCAAAGCAGACAAUAACCGUUGGGAUAUUUCAAACAUAGGAACUUAGGAAGGUCUAUGAUGCUGGAAUCAGGAAGUUGAAGGAGAAGGAGAGUCUGAGUGAGAGAAGAGAAGGUCGGGGCCGAUUGGUUGUGUCCCCAGAGGGGGGCAGCAAGAACUCUGGCCAUGGGGGACGGCGGUGGGGGUGGAGACAAAGUGGACCAUGCACAUGUCCUGUUCGAUCGCUUUGUCCAGGGCUCCACCUUUAAGGGGACGCUCAAGGCCUUUCAGGAGCUAUGCGACUACCUGGAACUGAAGCCCAGCGACUACCGCAUUUUCUACCACAAACUCAAGUCCAAGCUCAACUACUGGAAGGCCAAAGCUCUCUGGGCCAAGCUGGACAAGCGAGCCAGCCACAAGGACUACAAGAAGGGCAGGGCCUGCGCCAGCUCUAAGUGUGUGAUCAUCGGUGCCGGUCCCUGCGGUCUUCGGACGGCCAUCGAGCUCUCUUUCCUUGGAGCUAAAGUUGUGAUCUUGGAGAAACGUGAUGCCUUCUCUCGGAACAAUGUCCUGCACUUGUGGCCCUUCACCAUCCAGGACCUGCGCGGGCUUGGAGCCAAGAAAUUCUAUGGCAAGUUCUGCGCCGGCUCCAUUGACCACAUAAGUAUCCGUCAGCUUCAGCUGAUGCUUUUGAAGAUGGCGCUGCUCCUGGGCGUGGAGAUCCAUGUCAACAUUGAGUUCUGCGGCCUCAUCGAGCCCCCAGAGGACCAGGAAAAUGAAAGGAUUGGGUGGAGGGCUGAGGUCCGUCCCAGAACGCACCCUGUUUCUGAGCUUGAGUUCGAUGUCAUCAUAGGGGCAGAUGGGAAGAGGAAUACUCUGUCAGGUUUCUGCCGGAAAGAGUUUCGUGGGAAACUGGCCAUCGCCAUAACAGCCAACUUCAUCAACCGCAACACGUCGGCAGAAGCCAAGGUGGAGGAGAUCAGCGGCGUUGCCUUCAUCUUCAACCAGAAGUUCUUCCAGGAUCUUCGGGAGGCCACGGGGGUUGACCUCGAAAACAUUGUCUACUACAAGGAUGACACUCACUACUUUGUCAUGACAGCCAAAAAACAGAGCCUGCUGGAGAAGGGUGUGAUUCUGCAUGACUAUGCUGACACAGAGAUGCUGCUGUCUCGGGAGAAUGUGGACCAGGAGGCCUUGCUGAGCUAUGCCUGUGAAGCGGCUGACUUCUCCACCAAUCACCAGCUCCCCAAGCUGGACUUUGCCAUCAACCAUUAUGGGCAGCCCGACGUGGCCAUGUUUGACUUCACCUGCAUGUAUGCCUCGGAGAAUGCUGCUCUGAUGCGCGAGAGGAACGGCCAUCCUCUUUUGGUAGCACUGGUUGGCGAUAGCCUGCUGGAGCCCUUUUGGCCCAUGGGUACUGGUAUUGCCCGCGGCUUCUUGGCUGCGAUGGACUCUGCCUGGAUGGUACGAAGCUGGGCACAAGGGAACUCUCCACUGGAGGUGCUGGCUGAAAGGGAAAGUAUCUAUCGCCUGCUGCCCCAGACAACUCCGGAGAAUGUUAGUAAGAAUUUCAGCCAGUACAGUGUUAACCCAACCACUAGGUACCCUAACAUCGGCCUCCAUAUCCUGAGACCUAACCAGGUACGGCACCUUAUUGACACGGGAGAGUCUAGGGAUGCCCAUGUACAAAUGGAGAACGCUGUUAACUCCAAGACUCCCAAACUGAUGAGAAAUGAGUCUGUAGCUCGCUCCAACAAGCUGCUAAACUGGUGCCAACGGCAGACAGAGGGCUUCAGAAAUGUAAAUGUGAGUGAUCUCACCAUGUCGUGGAAAAGUGGACUGGCCCUGUGUGCCAUCAUCCACCGAUAUCGGCCAGACCUCGUUGAUUUUGACUCCCUGGAGGAGCAGAACAUGGAGAACAACAACCAGCUGGCAUUCGACGUGGCGGAGCGGGAGUUCGGGAUCUCGCCCAUCAUGACUGGGAAGGAGAUGGCCUCUGUUGGGGAGCCGGACAAGCUCUCCAUGGUCGUGUACCUUACCCAGUUCUACGAGAUGUUCAAGGACACGUUGCCUCCUGGGGAUAACCAUAACUUGAGCCCAGAAGACAAGGCUGCCUUGAUCUCCAACACCAAGUCUCCCAUCUCCUUCCUGAGCAAGCUGGGACAGAGCAUUUCUCGCAAGCGGAAUCCAAAGGACAAAAAGGAGAAGGAAGUGGAGGGGAGUGGGAAGAGGAGGAAAACCAGUCAAUCUGAAGAUGAGGACCCUCCACGUGGUUACCGUGACGAACGGGCUGCCCUAGUCUGUGCCCUGUCGGAGCGGAAGAUUGAGACCGGCAUUGGGAACCAGAACAAAGUGAAGUCGAUGGCGACGCAGCUGCUGGCCAAGUUUGAGGAGAAUGCCCCUGCACAGUCCUCAGGGCUGAAGAGACAGGAGCGGUUGCUGACUCCGCCCACGGUCUGUCAGAAAGAACCAGGCCGACAUGCACCCGUCCCACAGUGGAGACAGGCUGCAAGUGUGAAGCGAUCUCGGAGCUGCCCUAAGAAAAUCAUUUUGCUCUCCUCCUCCUCUUCAUUGUCUGUCUGUGCUCAGCAAGGAGAGAGUGGAAGAUCUGAGUCUGAGGGUCAGGAAGAGAGCCCUGUCCUGGAGCGGAUGCCACAGAUAGUUUACCCUGAUGAUCAAGCGCCUAUUUUCACCCCAAGCAUUGAGGAGAGGGCAUCCCAAAUUACUACUCACUUUGAACAGAAGCCAGACAGGCGACAGAGGUAUAUAAAGAUGUACACAGGGGGAGUGAGCUCAUUGGCUGAGCAGAUAACCAGUCAGCUUCAAAAGAAAGACCAACCCAAGCCCUUUCUAGACAAGAAGGCAUUGGCUUCAUUACGCAGAGAGUUCCCCCAGAACAUUGGCGGCAGUGAUGUCUGCUUUUUCUGCCGGAAGAGGGUCUAUGUAAUGGAGCGUCUCAGUGCAGAGGGCAAAUUCUUCCACCGUAGUUGCUUCAAGUGUGACUAUUGCAACACUACCCUGCGGCUCUCCUCUUAUGCCUUUGACGUUGAAGAUGGGAAGUUCUACUGUAAACCUCACUACUGCUACCGGCUCUCGGGGUACGCUCAGAGGAAGAGACCUGCAGAAGCACCUCUCGCUGCCAAGGAAAACAAAGUGUCCCUACUGGACCCUGAUGCUGCUGAUGGACCAGUCCGGGCAAACACCACAGCCACCCCUACAGAAAGGACCCCAGCAGUAGAUAUGAACGGAGUGGAAGAGCCUGGCCUGGCAAAGCGUCUGCGGGGCACUCCGGAGCGCAUUGAGUUGGAGAACUACCGGCUGUCAUUGCAGAGAGAGGAGGAGCUGGAGGAGGUGCCCGAGGAGACGUUGGCAGAGCACAACCUGAGCAGCGUGCUGGACAAGGGCACCGACGCGGGCGAGGGCUCCAGCAGCUCGGAGUCGGAGAUGGAUGAGGUGGAGGAGGAGGAGGAGGAGGGUGAAGAUCACCCUGUCUCGGACCUGGGUGGAGUGCCGUGGAAACAGGCUGUGCACCUCCAUGCCUGUCUGAAGGGCAAAAGUGAAGCACAGAUAGCAGUAGAGGAGGAGGAGGAGGAGGAGGCAUGUGCCCUCGGAGAAGAGGAGGAUGACGAAGAUGAAGAAAUAGAAGAAGAAAAAGAGGAGGAGGAGGAGUCCAGUGAAGCCGGGAAUCUUCGCAUUCAACAAGUUCUGCAGCCCAUAGACCCCCUGGAGAUCCAGGCAGACGUGCACUGGACACACAUUUGUUCUGAACAGAAGGAGGGGGCUCCAACUUCACAACCCUCUCCUUCCACAGCCCCCGACAUUCCAUCAGUCCGCCACGAGGCAGUGCGAGCCUGGCUGGAGACAGUGUCUGGAGCUCCAUAUGAAGAGAAUGAAGUGGAGGUUGGAGAUGAGCUUGGGGUUCGUGAGGAAGAGCCCGAGGUUGGCACUGAGCUGGAUGAGGAUGAUAUCCCUUCGGAUGCUGAGGCUGAGGCCCGGAUGCAUCGGAUCGAGAGAAAGGAGCAGCACCCAGAGGAAGAGGAAGAGUCAGAGUCAGAGGGGCGAGGCAGGGUGUCUAGUCUAGCCCAAUCGUCGGUGAGCUCAGUUAAAUCUCGGAGUGAUGUGCUGCUCUCACCAGUAACAAGCAUGAAGGAUCAGGAAGUGGAGGGAGUGUAUGAAACCUUGUCACCAGCUUCUCUGUUGAAAUCUCCAGGUGCUCACUUUUUCCAGGAACCAUAUUUCCCAAAAGGAAAAGACGAUGUUAUUCCUGAGACUCCAGAGGCUAAGACCCUCAUCUCUCCCACACUCUCUCUUUCCCCUAUCCGUUUCCAGCCUCUUCCUCUGCCAGAACCCAAGUCACCAGUCAAAACGCAACCAUCAGCCUCCCCUCCAGCUACAAGCCCAGUCUGUGCCCACUCUCCAAUAUGCUCGCAGCCUUUACCUUCAUCGGAACCUUCCUCCCCUGUUUUGUCUGGGUCCCCAGUACGAUCACAGCCUGUGCCAGCUGUUGCCUCCACUCCUUUAGUCAAACCUGUUGUAGAAAGCGAAACCCUGGAGAAACAAGAUUCCUUAAGUCCAUCAGCAGAUGAUCCUGUGAAAAAGACGGAUCUUAUAGAGGCGUUUUGGGUGAAGAGUGCUGAAAUUCGAAAGAGCUUGGGUCUUACACCAUUGGACAGGAGCAAAGGGUCAGAGAACAGUUUCCCAGAGUCCACACCCGAGUCUUCCCCUCCAAGGUCCGACACUCCGGAAGAGAUUUCAGAAGAACAGAAGCUGUACCCGAGCCGGCCCCAGCCAGCCUUGCGUAGGUUAAACAUUGCAACCAUAGAUCGUCACCAGCUCUCUUCCUUGUUCAUUGAGUCCCCCAGCGAGAGAGAACUGAAGAGCUUGGACACGGAGAGUAAGGAUGUCGGCAGUAGCUCAGGGCUGGGUCUCAAUGGGAGCAUGGCUAACACCCAAACGUUGACCAGCGAGAGCUUCAAUACUUCUGAAUCCACCAUGCUAACGCCACCAUCCAGCCCUCCCCCUCCGCCACCAGAGAAUGAAGAGCCAGCUACCUUGAGGAGAAACAAGUAUCAAGCCAGCUGGAGUACCGUGCCUGAGCCCACACCUGUGCCAGCACCAGUGCCACAAAAAGCACCAGCUGCAGCUCCUACUCCUGCUCCCUCUCCAGUACCACCACAAACUCGCUCUGAAUUCAGACAAGAGCCGAGCAGGAAGUCACGGGAAGAAGUGCGCAAGUCAUUUGUAGAGAGUGUUGAUGAAAUCCCAUUUGCUGACGAUGUUGAAGACACCUAUGAUGACAGGACGCCAGAGACCAGCUUGCAAGAAAGGUUCUACACUCCUCCAGCUAGCAAGCUCAAGCAGGAGAAACCCUCAUUCCACAUGGGCUUGGGCAAGGAGAACAGCAAACUCGGCCUAGGAGAGGGUGCCACAACAAAACGACAGCGAGCGAUGCCCCCAAUCUCCCCAGAAGCUAAAGAGAUAGCUAAAGAAAGGAUGCGAGCCCGAGAGAAGUCUGUGAAGAGCCAAGCUCUGAAGGAAGCCAUGGCCAAGCAGCUCACCAAGAUGAAAGACGUGGAGGUGGUUAAAGGUGGUGGCUCAGCUAAAGCUGCCUGGAAUGUGGAAUCAUCCACACCCAAAGUGUCACCCCUGGUAUCUAAGUCUAAUAUACCUUCUGCUGUUAAGUUAUUGGACUCUAGAAAGCUUGAGAAGACUGCUGACAAGUUCUUAUCACCACUGGGUGGGCAAAGUCUCGAAGGCUCUGUUGCUUCCUCUGAAGGCUCCACCGGUGGGAAGAGCAAAAAGCGCACAUCCCUCUUCUCUCCUCGCAAGAACAAGAAGGAGAAGAAGCCCAAGAAGCCCAAGAGUGAAGGCAGGCUCUCUGACAAGCACAGUUCAGAGGAGGCUGCCAAGCCCAAGUCCCUCUGGAAGACGGUCUUCUCAGGGUACAAAAAGGACAAGAAGAAGGAAGACAAAUCCUGCCCAAGCACCCCAUCCAGUGUCACUACUGUGGAUUCUGGGAAAAGAGGGGUGUCUCCUGUCAUAAGGGCAGCAGCAGAACUCCAUCUCCGUCGACACUUGAGUUUCUCUGAAGACUCUGAUCUCUCCUGUGAUGACGUGCUGGAAAGAUCUUCCCAGAAAUCCAAGGCGGAUUCUGUUUAUGUUCCUCACGCCAUGGCAUUCAAGAGAUCAUACGCAUCAAAGAAAAUGUAUACAGAGGAAGAACUCAAUGCCAAGAUAACCAGAAGAGUGCAGAAAGCAGCCCGCAGACAAGCCAAACAGGAAGAGCUGAAGCGGCUGCACAGAGCACAGAUUAUACAGAGGCAGCUGGAGCAGGUGGAGGAGAAGCAGAGACAGCUGGAGGAACGAGGAGUGGCAGUGGAGAAAGCCUUGCGAGGGGAAGCAGACUAUUGGGGAGAGUCUAAUUACAGUGAAAUCAUCGACUUGCAUCUGGGUGUUGAGCCCAAUGUGGGGACCCCUCGCCGAAGACCUAUCUCCUUCUGCCAUUGCUGUACCCACAAAGGACUGGGCAAGAAGGACGAUCCCAAGCUAAUGCAGGAGUGGUUCAAGCUAGUCCAAGAGAAAAAUGCCUUGGUGCGCUACGAAUCUGAGCUCAUGAUAUUUGCCCGAGAACUGGAGCUUGAAGAUCGUCAGAGCAGGUUACAGCAAGAGCUGAGAGAACGCAUGGCUGUCGAUGACCACCUGAAGACGGAGGAGGAGCUUGCAGAGGAGAAACGCAUCCUGAAUGAGAUGCUGGAGGUGGUGGAGCAGAGGGACUCGCUGGUGGCUCUUCUGGAGGAGCAGAGGCUGAGUGAGCGAGAGGAGGAUAAGGACCUGGAGGAGGUCAUGCUUUCCAAGGGUUUCAACUUGAACUGGUCAUGAGCACCCCGCUGCGGUGUUCCAGCGAGCUCUUCCAGUACUUGCCCUUGCUGCUGCUGCUGGAGAAACCCUGGCGUACCUCCUCUUCUGUGGAGUGUUUUGGAAUGCGUUACAAGCAUGCCUGCCUUCUGUGCUGUAUGAAGUUUACAAAUCCAUCGCAAUGAGCCCCUCUGCCUGGGUAAAAGGGGGAGGGGGGGGGUGGGCAGGGGAUAAGUUUCUAAAAUAAAAAAUAAAAAAAACUUAGUUUGGACCUUCGCUACUAGAGGAAAUAAUUACAUCUUUCCUGAAAUGCAAGAGAAAGAAGGAAGAGAAAAGGAAUGCAAGAGUCCUGCUGAUUUUUAUAGAACAUUUUUUGUGUGUGUGUGUAUAUAAUAUAUAUAAUGUGUGUAAAGUAAGUCAACUAAGAAGACCAGUUCAGUUUUAACUGCAAAUAUGUAUUUAUUGAAUGUUACCGUGAAAGUGAGGUGCAGAAAUGUCGGUGUCCUUCAACUUGAUCUGGAUUUCAAGAAUGGAACCUUUUUUUGGCUCUUACCAGCCUAGUUUCUGUCCUAUCCAUUGAACACACUCCGAGGCCCCCAAAACAGCUAAUGAUUAAGCUACCUGAUGUGUUUGUAGUCUAAGGCUUGCUGCCCUUUUGAAAGUAUACCUCUCUGUAGCUCUACAUUUUUUGCACAAAGACUGUUAUUUCUUGUUUUGAACACAUCCGUAAGGAUUAGAGACCUGUAUUCAAGUUUUAAUUGCCUAUUUAUGACCUUUAAAGGUCUACUGCAGCUUCAGUUAAGUCCUACAGUACCAUGCACUAUUAGUUGAAAGACAGCUAUCUGUUUUAAAGGCAUUAUCCUGAUGGAAACGCUAUUGUGGAAGGGAGAUAGCCAGGGUAUACACUGUCAAAUGACUGGCUCAGUGGCAAUAGUCUCCUAAAUUGGUAUUAACAGUACGCUGGAAAGAUCAUUUUUCCUUUUCCAAAUAUGCCAUGAAGGAUGUUGCAUUAUUGUUUGUGAGAUCUAAUCCAUAUUUUAGAUGGUGACGAACCUCUGAGAUCUACAUACCCUAUCAAGGUACGCUGUGUUACUAUACAAUUGAUACACUGGUUUGAAUACAGUUUCUGCUGGCUGUGUGACUAUUAUAUAUAUAUAUAA